AUGAAGAAAAACAAUGCAGAGGCCUCACUCCCAGUGGAUUGGGGAAGGUGUUUCUCAUUCCUGUGCAUGACUAAUGGAGCGGGGUUUGGGGCACAGCCCCAAGGCUCUCUGCAGGAGUGGGGUUCGGGGCAAGGCCCUGAUGGCCCUCUGCAGGAGCAGGGGUUCAAGGGGCUGGCCCCUUGCACAUGGGGAACAAUAAUAACAAGGAUGUCGUUGCAUGGGGUGGAGCCCCAAUGGGGUCUGGGGCAAUGCCCCAGGGGGUUCGGGGCGCAGCCCCGAUGCCCUCUGCAGGAGCUAGAGACUGCUAAACGCGUGGGUGUGCGAGGAACGAGCACCCCACGGGUUAAAGGUCUCUAGUA